AUGUUUGAUCUUGUGACAGUUUCUGAAGCACAUCAGAGGGCAAUACAGAUAGAGAAGCAACAGUCCAGGAAAACUACUAGUCCUUUCAUUGUAGGGAGUUCUUCUAGUAACUCACAACGGCAGGUGGCACGACCUGGUAAUCCUACUCAAUCUGGUCCUCCUAGAACAAAUCCUGCCCAACAACCAACACGUCCUGGGGUUGGUAUUCGUUGUUUUAGAUGCGGAGUUACAGGCUACAGGCAGUCUGAGUGCCCAAAGAAUUCGCGCAGGCGACUCUUUGUUGAUGAGGGAAAUGGCGAUUGUGAAGGUCCACCUGUAUUUGAUGGUGAGGGCGGAGAAGAAGUAACAGAAGAGGAAGAGUUUGUGGUUGGUGAUGUGGGUCAGGCACUGGUGGUGAGGAGGAGUUUCCUGACUCCUUUGGAGAAUAACACUGAUUGGUUGCGUAAUAAUAUCUUUCAAUCAACAUGUACUGUUGGAGGGAAGGUGUGCAAAUUUAUUAUUGAUUCUGGUAGUUGUGAGAAUGUUUUGGCUGAGGAAAUCGUUAAGAAGCUGGGUUUGCAGACUGAGAAACAUCCCAAACCUUAUAAAUUAGCCUGGCUGAAAAGAGGCAAUGACGUAGAAGUGUCUCAACGUGCUAGAAUUAGCUUCUCCAUCAGACCUACCUAUAAGGAUCAGGUCUUAUGUGAUGUAGUAGAGAUGGAUGCAUGUCAUUUACUAUUAGGGAGGCCGUGGCAGUUUGACAGGCACUCACUGCAUGAUGGAUAUACCAACACGUACAACUUUCUGUUUGGGGGAAAGAAAAUUGUGUUACUUCCGGAUAAGGGUUCAGUACAGAUAGUUGGGAACAAUGCCAAUUUACUGACCAGAAAGAAGUUCGAGACAGAGAUGGAGGAGUCUGGAGUAGUGUAUGUGCUGAUUGGAAAGUCGGUUGACAGUAAGCAUGAAGUCCCUCUCGCAGUUCAGCCAUUGCUAAAGGAGUUUCAUGAAGUUUUCCCAGAAGAGCUUCCUGAUGGACUACCACCACUACGGGAUAUUCAGCAUCAGAUUGACUUGGUGCCUGGAGCUGCCCUACCUAACCGGGCACAUUACAGAAUGAGCCCCACUAAGCAUGAAGAGUUGCGCAGGCAAGUUGAGGAGCUUCUGGCAAAAGGACACAUCAGGGAGAGUCUUAGUCCUUGUGCUGUUCCCACUCUUCUCACACCGAAAAAGGAUGGCACGUGGCGCAUGUGCGUGGAUAGUAGGGCAAUCAAUAAGAUUACGGUGCGUUACCGCUUUCCUAUUCCCCGCCUAGAUGACUUAUUGGAUCAGCUUACCGGUGCUUGUGUGUUUAGUAAGCUUGAUUUGAAGAGUGGGUACCAUCAGAUUAGGAUCAGACGUGGGGAUGAGUGGAAGACCGCAUUUAAGACGAGGGAAGGAUUGUACGAGUGUACUAACGAUGAUGAAUAUGUUCGGCACCUUCGAGAAGUUCUUUCAGUUCUUCGAAGGGAUAAAUUCUAUGCUGCAGUGAAGAAGUGUUCCUUUCUCAUUGAUAAUGUGGUGUUCUUGGGUUAUGUGGUGUCGAAGGUGGGGUUAGCAGUUGAUACAUCUAAGGUAGAGGCGAUAAGUCAGUAG